AUGGUGGAAGCUAGGGUGAUCGUAGGGAAUAAGGAGUCGAAGGAAGGGAGGAGAGGGAGAAAGAAAUGGGCGGCGAUAGGGGCCGUGCUGGUGGUGUUGGUGGCGAUAGCACUCACAUCUAAGCAUGCCCAGAAUCCCAAGUCCUGUCGAUGUGCUCAGGACUCUCGAAAAUAUACAGGCAUAAUUGAGGACUGCUGUUGCGAUUAUGAGACAGUGGACAGUCUUAAUGGGGCAGUACUACACCCAUUACUUCAAGAGCUUGUGACUACUCCAUUUUUCCGAUACUUCAAGGUUAAGUUGUGGUGUGACUGCCCGUUUUGGCCAGAUGAUGGUAUGUGCAAGCUGCGUGACUGUAGUGUAUGUGAAUGUCCCGAAAAUGAAUUUCCUGAACUCUUUAAGAGACCAUUGAAACAUAGUCUUCCAUCUGAUGAUUUAAAAUGUCAAGAGGGUAAGCCACAAGCUGCUGUUGAUCGCACUCUAGACUCUAAGGCCUUUAGGGGCUGGAUAGAAGUGGAUAAUCCAUGGACAAAUGAUGACGAGACAGAAAAUGAUGAGAUGACUUAUGUUAAUCUGCAACUGAAUCCUGAACGGUACACCGGCUAUAGCGGGCCAUCAGCCAGAAGGAUAUGGGAUGCUAUAUAUUCAGAAAAUUGUCCAAAAUAUGCUUCUGGAGAAAUUUGCCAGGAGAAAAAAAUCUUGUACAAGUUAAUAUCGGGCCUUCACUCCUCGAUUUCAAUACACAUAGCCUCUGACUACCUACUUGAUGAAACUUCAAAUCUGUGGGGCAGAAAUCUUGAGUUAGCGUAUGAUCGAGUUUUGCAGUAUCCUGAUCGUGUUGGGAACUUGUAUUUCACUUUCCUCUUUGUUCUUCGAGCUGUGACAAAAGCAAAUAAUUACUUGGAGCAGGCCGAGUAUGACACCGGUAAUGCUCAGGAGGACCUGAAAGCACAAUCUUUAGUGCGUCAGUUACUGUACAAUCCAAAACUGCAGGCUGCAUGUCCACUUCCAUUUGAUGAAGCUAAAUUGUGGAAAGGACAAAGUGGGCCUGAAUUGAAGCAGGAGAUCCAAAAACACUUCCGAAACAUCAGUGCUAUCAUGGAUUGUGUAGGAUGCGAGAAAUGUCGUCUAUGGGGAAAACUUCAGGUUCUUGGUCUCGGGACUGCAUUGAAGAUUCUUUUCUCUGUUGAUAGUCAAAACUAUCCAAAUCAGCCUCUGCAAUUGCAAAGAAACGAAGUAAUUGCUUUGGUGAAUUUGCUUAAUCGACUAUCAGAAUCCAUCAAAUUUGUCGAAGAAAUUGUCCCUUCAGUUGAGAAGACAAUGGAGAAUUUCACUUCAGAACCUCCUGCACAAGAAAUUAGCUUAUGGCAAAGAGUACAGGAUGCAGUAGGAGGGCUUCGGUCAGUGAAACUCCCGUUGUAG